AUGCCAGGCCUGUAUGCCCUCUCCUCCUGGGAGGCUCUGCCCCUGAAGAGCUCCAAGGUGAAGGCUUGUGCCAGCGGCUUCUCCCUCAGCAUCACUGCUCACCUCGUGUACACCAACAUCCACGAGAAGCCUGUGGAAGGCAUCUUCAUCUACCCUCUGGAGGAGUCGGAGGUGGUGUCUGGCUUUGAGGCGGUGGUGGGCAGCCGGCGGGUUACAUUCCAGGUCCAGAACCGCCACAGGGUGCAGGACUGCUGCCUCCAGUGCAGCCACAGCCCUGGCCGGCCACAUCGCUGUGCCAGCGGCCACCUUGUUCUGGAUGAAGACACGGAACGUUCCACUUUCAUCAUGGCCACGGGCACACUGUGCCCAGCAGAGAGCCUGGCUGCCACCCUCAGCACAGUGCAGGAGGUGGCCACGCUGCCCGACGGAGCCCUACGCCUCCUCCUACCCCCCGUCCUCAUGCCCCGCGUCCCUGCCAUCCCUGAGAGCGAGCCGGCAAGCUUGUGUGACGACAGGUUGGCCCUAUGCCCCACCAGCUGUUUCAGGGGACCAGCCCGAAGCCAGUCAUCCCCUGUAGCACCUGUGGAGAGCGUAGACAUCUUUAAGGGACGGCCCUGCAACCCUUUUCCUUAUGAGUUUGCCUUCGAGUUGCUGGUGAAGGGCCCCUGCUUGCUUGCAGGGCUGGAGAGCCCAUCCCAUGCCCUACGGGCCGACGCCGACCCCUGGGCCAGCUCUGCCACCACCACCUGUGUCACCCUGGCCGAGCCCCACCGCUACGACAGGGAUCUGGAGAUCAUCCUCUAUCCCUGUGAGCCCCACCACCCUCACCUGGUGAUGGAGGACGGCACCAUGACGUACCCUGAGUAUGAGGCCCACAUCCGGAGCCGCCGGGAUUACAUACGGAUCACCAGGAAGGAUGGCAGUGGCGAGAGACAGGUGGCUUUUGUGCAGAAGCGUUUCCACAAAGACAUCUUCCCCAACCCCGUGCUGAUGCUGAACUUCUGCCCGGUGGUGGAGGGUGUCCCUGGGGACCUGCAGAGCAUCACCCGUGAGGUCAUCUUCCUUGUAGACUGCAGCAGCACCAUGAAUGGCCCUGACCUUGACAAGGUCAAGGAGGCUUUGCUGGUGGCCACGAAGAGCCUGCCAUCGGGGACAUUGAUCAACAUUGCUGGCUUUGGAGCUGAGAUCAAGCCACUCUUCCCAUCUAGCCGCAUCUGCAGCAAUGAGACACUGCGGUGUGCCUGCAAGCACCUCGGCGGGCUGCGGGCAGACUUGGGUGGUACCAACCUACUGGCAGCUCUGGGCUGGGUGCUGGCACAGCCCCUCCACCAUGGCUACCCCCGCCAGCUCUUCCUCUUCACUGGUGCAGCAGUGGGCAGCACAGGCAGGAUUCUCCGGCUGCUGCGCAGGCAGGCCAGCACUGUCAGAUGCUUCAGCUUUGGCAUGGGGCUGCAGGCAUGCCGGAGGCUGCUGAAGGGUAUGGCCAAGGUGAGCCGGGGCCGUGCUGAGUUCCUGAGCCCAGCUGAGAGGCUGCAGCCCAAGCUGAUCAAGUCUCUGAAAAAGGCGAUCGAGCCAGCCAUCAGCGACAUCACCAUCGACUGGUAUGUCCCUGACAGCAUGGAGGCUCUGCUCUCACCCACUGAGCUCCCGGCCCUCUACCCUGGCGACCGCCUCGUCAGCUACUGCGUCCUCUACAGCAUCGCCCACUUCCGUGACAGGCGCCCACCGGGCCGGGAUGGGGUCCACCGGGGCUCAGCCUUCCAUGAGGAGGUGCCCAGUGCCAGGGAGAGCCACCGGCCACCCCGGAGCACCCUGGAAUUGGGGGAUGUCUCCAUGGAGCUCUCAGCUGGGGGCACAGAGGUGUCAGAGCGCAGUACAGAUCCUGUUUCAGGAGGAGACAUCUGGAAGCGGAUUUACCAUCCUUCCUACAUCCAGGAGCAGUAUGUCCUGACCCACUGCUCUGUCAGCACUGACCGCAGCCGUGGGCUGCUCUCCCACAGCUCCACCAGCAGCGAGUCCACUGGCUCCCGUGAUAUGGCCCCCGAGGGUGGCUCCUUGGCCCCCAGUGCUGAUGCCACUUCCCAGCAGGGUCAGAAGAGCCUGUCCCUCUGCGAGUCCUCCACCAAAUCUGCCCCGCUGCCUUCUGCCCAGGCUGGCCCCAAGGUGACAGUGUCCCUGAGCACAGAUGAGCUGACACGGCGGAAGAAGGCGCUGGCACGCACCGCCCUAGCUGGCCGCAGCUUUUCCUCCCCACAUGGGGAGCUGGAUGCUCACCGGCUCUGCCAGGCCCUGGAGAAGGUGUCACAGAAGAGGAACCAGUCCCUGGAGGGCCAGCUGGACAAGCUGGGACCCCAGACACAGCAGCUGCAGCUCAGCACUGUGGAAUCAAAUAACCUCCUCUCGCCCACCCACCUGGACUGGGACAUGCUGGUGGAGCCUUCCUACCUCUUCAGUGCCUCUCCAGCACCCGAGCCGAGGGAGCCCAGCCCAGGCAAUGCCAGCCUGCCCCUGUGCUGCCAGGUGGUGAUCCAUGCACUGCGAGCUGGCAAGCCAGUGUCCUGGGAAGUAACAGCCUCACUGGAGCCACUACUGCAGCCACCGAAGGGGCUGGGCAGGGAAGACCCUCCACGGCAGGUGGCCAAGGCCUGGGAUAAGCCACUGCACCACCUGGCAGCGCGUUCCAUCAUCCGGGACAACGAGAAUGCAGCGCAGCGUGAAGCCGAGCUGGAGCAGGGGUUUGCCCGCAGGUUUCGGCUGAAAGCCAUGCAAACCAGCAAAGCCUGCAACGUGCCUUCCCUCUACACCCGCCUGGUGCCUGUGGAUGGCGCCACACAGGCAGCUCUGCCCGCAGCCCCUGAGGUGUGGGGCACAGCAGGCUUGGCCAGCCGGGCACAAGCUGUCAUGGCAGGGAGCUGGCACCACAGGAGCUCCUCCACGGGUCUGGGCCAGCAACGAGAUGCAGAGGAGCAGGAUGAGGCUGUCGUUGCUGCAGUGCGAGAUGGGACCCCUGGGUCUCCAGCCAGUGCCUCCUCCCCUACCUACAGCUGGGAAAAGCAGAACUGCAUCAACGGGCCUCCAACCAACCCCUCCACCACCUCUAUGGGCUCCCAGAAAUCCACAGAGAGCCUCGCUGGCUCCAGGUUCAGCCUGAGCAGGCGCAGGGGUCCUAGCCUGGCCCUGCGCCCGCAGUGCCUCAGCCCAGGGAGUGAACGCUCCAGUGACCAUGUCAGCCACGACUACCUCCCACUGGUGCAGCUGCAGCAAGCCCGGGGACCAUUCCAGCUCACUGAGAGCUUCUCUGAAGUGGUGCAGAUCACCCUGGAUCGCCUGCGCCGGGCAUCCCCCUAUGCUUCCCACCGUGCCAGCCUCAGCCCCACAUCCCCAGGAGCCAGGAGCAGCCCUGAGGCAGGGCCAGGGGAUGAGGAGGGUGAGGAGCCAGUUGCAGUCCCCCAGACCAGCUCUCCCCCAUCCCGGAGCACUUGCUCUGAGGUGCCCAGUACAGGGGUGUGGGCGCAGGCAGACAGCGGGCACGGCUCUGAGUCUGACACUGGCCCCCACUCAUCUGCCCCAUCCGAGGCUGGUGUGAGCUGGCAGGAACCAGGGCCAGAGGACCUGGAGAGUGCCAGCUGGGCCACAGCAGUGGCCCUGGCGUGGCUGGAGCACCGCUGUGCCGGCUUCUUUGAGGAGUGGGAGCUGGUGGCAGCCAAGGCAGACGCGUGGCUGCAGGCACAGCAGCUGCCCGAGGGGAUGGACGUGGGCUGCCUCAAAGGGGCAGCCAGGCACUUGUUCCUGCUGCUGCGCCACUGGGAUGAGAACAUCAAGCUGAACAUGCUGUGCUACAACCCCAACAACGUCUGA